UAAUCAACACUUUAUCGUGCACAACUAGACGGCGCCAUCUACUGGAGCAGCAUCGGCAUGGCUUACAACCCUCAAUUUAGCGAUAUAGGUUCACAGUUCGUUCAGGCAUAUUAUCAGGCUUAUGAAGCAGCAGCUAAUCCAGAGGACAGAGCUGUGAAGUUAGCCGGAUUUUAUCAUGACACUUGUUUUUUUACAUUUGAAGAUUUUGCAGCACAAGGCAAAGAAGCUAUACUUAAUAAGAUAAAGAGUUUACCAAUUACAAAAAUAGCACAUAAUGUAACGAAGUGUGAUUGUCAACCAAUGGCUGAUGGAGGUGUUAUAGUAAUGAUUAUAGGUCAACUUAAGACAGACGAUGAUCCACCCAUGCCCUAUGCUCAUACGUUUAUUUUGAAAGCUGAUUCUAAUUCAUUUUUUAUAGCACAUGAAUUUUUCCGAUUGUGUGUACAUAACUUUUAAUGAAUGAAGUUCCAUAGACAAUGUAUGAUUGUCAUAACCCAGGAUUGUGACUGAAGAGCAGAUAUAGAUGAAGACUUAUUCCACAUUAUAGUCAAGCCUUGGAAGGAUUUUUGGUGCACCUUUACUUAUUCUGCAGUAUUUGCAUUAAUGUGUUUGUUUUUGUUGAUCAUGUCUUUAUAAUGUAAAUGUAGUGCACAUUGCAUCCAAAUAGAAAUUUGUGUUCAUUUAAUAUUAAAAAAUUAUGUAUGGUAUAUAAAAAAUAUAAAGUUAAACCACUUCCAGUUAUAGGGAAUGUGAAAUUGCUUUUGUAUCCUCCAUGCUAGAAAAGUGUUUAUAUUUUUACACUGUUUAAAAGAUUUUUUUGGUUGCUUUGCCUUACUUUUUGUCUUGUUUGUCAUGCUGGACACCAUAUAUUACCUUUUACCUGUAGACAAUGUACAAAUGAUGUAUUUAUCAUAUUAUGUAGAUAAUGGGUUUAAAUUUUGAUUGUCACAUAAUAUUUUUUUGAAAACUAAAAACCAUCAAGAAUGAAUUAAUAAAACCAUAUCAGUAGGGUACUCUGUCAUGUUAAAGAAACAAAAUAAGUAUUUUGAUCUGAUUGUAUUUAUUGUGGGUUACUUGGUACCAGUAGGGUGUGUCUUGUCAAUGAUUAAAAUAAACAAUCAAUGAAACAAACAUAUAAGUGUGUAAAAACAAGAAAUAUCAUUUGUAGUGUAACAGUAUAUUCAUAUACUGUAAAUUCAGAAAUUAUUGCGUGCAAUUUUUAUUGCGAUUUUGUCGUUAUAGACUUAACUGCUAUUUUAAUUUUGACCAUUUUGAGAAAAAUCCUGUUUAAUUCAUGUAAAAUAUUUGAAAAUGCAAGAUUAAAUUAUUGCGAUACAGCUUUGUCGCAUAUUUCGCAAUAAUAAAAACCUUGCAAUAAUUUCUGAAUUUACAGUAAUAUUUUUAUUAUAUUUUUGAAAAUAAUAGUAAUAGAAAAUAAUACAAAUCAAAAAUAGUAGUAUAUUUUAAAAUUGCUUUUGAGAAGGGCCAAGAUUUUUUUGUGUGUGUUACUCUAAACUAAGCAAUAUAAAACCAGAGUAGUAUCAAUCUUAUAAAUUGAAAAUUCAUUAAAAAAGUAGGUCACUUGUGAACCAGGUAUAGCUGAAUGAACAAAGCUUGCUGUAGUCAUGGUUAUGAAUUGAAAUGUUGUAAUUUCUGAAGAAUUAUAGUUAAAUUAAAAGUUGUAGGCCUCGUCUUUAAAUUCAGAAGCUGUUUUUAAGAGAUUCAUUUGUUGAUGCAAAUUGUAUUAAACUAGCAUCCAAUUCGUUAAGUAAACUUAUCCCUAACAAAUACAAACUGAAAUGAAUUUCAUGAUGAUGGUAUAAUGUUAUUGUUGGCAAAUAAUUACAUUUAAUACAAAUUCAAUAUUUAAGCAGAAAAAGAAGUGCCAUCUCAAGAGCCUGCUAUGUUUAGAUUUUCUAAUGUUGUAUAAUUAUAGAUUAUCGUUGAUUAUCUCAACGAGAUUGGUUUUCUCGCUUGAGCUGGUACAGCGAAAGUGAGAAAAGCAAUCGAGUUGAGAUGAUCAAUGAUAAUCUGUUUAUCGCUAUUUUACCUAUGACGACGUUGUCAAUUUCAAUGUCAAUUUCGUUAGCAACGCCACGUGGCCUCCUUAGUUUCUAGCAAUAAUUUUUCCAUCUCAAGCGAGAAGCAUGAUAUGAAAAUUAUCACAAAAAAAGAUCAAAGAAAAAAUGCACAAAAUAGCGAUAAAUGAAUUUCUAUAAGGUACGAACUACUGAAUCUCUCUCUUCUUUAAUCUAAAACUAAAAUGUUUGAAUUAUUUUUAAAAAAAUGUCGGCAAAAAAGAUUAAAAAACAUAUUUAUAACAUCAUGACUCUCAGUGUUUGUAAAUACUGCAAACAAAUAAAUAGUAACAAAACAAUUAACAAUACCAUGAACGCGAUAUUGUAUUUUUGGAUAGCAGUCAUACUUAAAAAUGUAAUAGUGUUAUGAGCACAAAGCCUGAAUUUGCAAUGAUAUUAACAUAAAUACAUAUACAUGAAGAUAAUUGUUUUAUUAGCAAUAAAACGAUAUUGACAUAUUUUUAUACAAAUAAAUGUCCAAAUAUAAAGAUUUUUUUUUUACUAUCUUAAAAGUCAAUAAUGAAGGUUAUUUGUCAGAACAAAGGAUAAUAAGAAGUAUUGAGUACCAAAACAAAGCUGCAAGCUGUUUUAUUGUUCACAAAAUUGACAAAUUUUUAUUUUUAGAUACACAGAAUCUAAUCAGCUGAAUUUUUAUUUUACUUUCAAAAUUUUUGUCCUGAGUUGAUUUCCCUCAUCAUUUGAUACCACUCUUAAGCCUUUCAUGUAUGCUUUUGUCACUAAUAAGUUUCAAUAUAUAUGUGUCCUUAACCAUGCUUGUUGCGUCAAGAUAAUAAGAAGUACAUGUAAUAGCAAUAUUUGUUAUGAAUUUUCACAAUCACCAUUAGUUGUUGGUGAUAUAAGUAUGAGUGUCUCAAUAUAAAGUUUAAAAACAAUUACAUAUUAACAUGCAAAAUUACAUAUUUUAAACCUUCAUUUAGAUUUAUAAAAAGCUUUGAGGUUUCCUUGUGUAACAAUAUUACCACAUUGAGUUAACAUAUGUAACAGAAUUAUGCAUGAUCUGCUGUUUUAAUGGUUUUAGACAAAGGUGUUGAAUGGUCAUUGUAUGUAUUGAUAUAGAACAUGUGAUGUAUUCCAAUGAAUCGUAGUUUUGCAGAAAAUUUAUUAUAUAUUUGUUUGUAGGCCAGAUACAUAUAUGUGUUGAAGCUAAUAAUUGGCAGCCCUGUAAUUUUCUUAACAAACUCUUCAAUUAAAAGAUAGAAUGUUACUCUUUGGAAAUUGUUUGCUGUUUCAGUUACAAAUUUGUAGCUUAAAUUCCUUUAAAGCUAUUUACGCCAACUGAGCUGUCAAUGGCACAGACUUUGAACACAUUCAGAACUUUGAAAAUGCAUUGUUGAUAUAUAUCUUGAAAGACAUCAUAUAUAACAGAUAUUUAAUGUUGACUAGCUGCUCCUGCUGUCUCAUUGACAUAUAAACUUGUUAGUUUAUCAAUACACAUAAUGAUAUAUUACAGCAUGUAACAUCUUAACGAUCUGUAUCUCAGAAAUACCACAAUGUAAUGGAGUGUUGUUUCAUAUUUGUUAUCAUUGUAUAUUAAUUGAAUCAUCUCUAAUUUUGUAUUAGGUUUAGCAUUGAAAGAAUAUAUAAAACAGUUUAAAUCA